CCUUGCUUUGACACUCCACUUCCGGUGUGUAGGAACUGCAUCAACACUGUCAACAGAGGAAAUACAUUGUCAUGGAGUUUAUUGUUGAUUUUCUAAGAGUUAAAGUUUUUAUUUUAGCGUUAUUGAAAUGAGACACUGUAACUGGACGUAUGCACAGAUGGUACAUUGUAUCUCGGAACUUUCGCUUCCUCGGAUAAGGCAUGAAUAACGGCCGGCACACAUGUCCCAUGGAGAGGAGAAAAUAACCCCGAAGAAGAGAAGGAAAAAGAAGACGGCUCUGUUGCCCGGCUCCUAAAGUGAUCAAGCACCCUCAAACAGAGAGAGGGGGUAAUAAAGGCAGAGGGAGAGUGUGAGGAGGUAAGGAAAGAUCGAAGGGGGAAACAGAAACAAAGCAGUGAAACGAGCAAACAAUGGCUUUCUUGGACAACCCAGCCAUUAUCUUGGCCCACAUCCGGCAGUCCCAUGUGACCAGCGAUGACACGGGCAUGUGUGAGAUGGUGCUAAUCGACCACGACGUGGACCUGGAGAAGUGGCAGCUGGCCUCGGUGCCCGGCAGCAGUGGAGGUUCACUGGGUUCGGGCUCCCUAGGCGAAGGGGGCAGCGGAGGGGAGAACCCGGGCUGUGACCUCUCGCAGUCAUUGGACAUCACCUCCAGCUGGGACUUUGGCAUCCGCCGACGCUCCAACACAGUGGUGUUUUGGGGUCUGAGUGUUCUUCUGCCGAGACUUCACCUGAAGGGGCUGACUGUCUCACCAGGACGUCAACAAGAAAAGCGCGAGAAACCAGGGGUGGCUGCUCAAAGACUUGAACGGUUAAGGAAGGAGCGACAGAACCAGAUCAAAUGCAAAAACAUUCAAUGGAAGGAGAGGUCGUCCUCGCAAUCAGCGGAGGACCUGGGUUCCCUGUUUGAGAAGAGGGACUUUAAAGAUAGACCCAGGAGCACUGGUACGAAGUCGACCCUCUCUCUCCGGCUCGAGCAAUGCCCCCAGCAGCUCAACAACCCUUUCAACGAAUACUCCAAAUUCGACGGCAAGGGCCACGUAGGUACAACCGCAACCAAAAAAAUUGACGUCUACCUCUCGAUGCAGUCUGCACAGGAGAAACUGCAUCCCAUGAUGGUGGUGACCAUCGCCAACGCUCGGGUCCACGACCUCAUCGGCCUCAUCUGCUGGCAGUACACCAGUGAAGGCCGCGAACCCAAACUCAAUGAGAACGUGAAUGCGUACUGCCUCCACAUAGCAGAGGAUGACGGGGAGGUGGACACAGACUUCCCCCCUUUGGACUCCAAUGAGCCCAUCCACAAGUUUGGUUUCAGCACUCUGGCCCUGGUCGAGAAGUACUCGUCCCCCGGCCUGGCCGCCAAGCAGUCCCUCUUUGUCCGAAUAAAUGCUGUCCAUGGUUUCUCUCUCAUCCCAGUGGACAGCCUGAAGGUGACCAUGAAGGAGAUCCUGCAGAAGGCGCUGAAGAAGAGGAAAGGCUCUCAGAAAGGCUCUGGUCCCAUGUACCGUCUGGAGAGGCAGACAGAGCCCAACGUGCCCGUGGAUCUGGACUGUAGCCUGGAGAGCCAGAGCACCCUAGAGUUCUGCCUGGUCAGGGAAAACAGCUCCAGAGGAGAGGACAGUUCAGAGGAGGAUCCUCCCAUGGACAUCACCACGGUGCAGGACAUGCUGAGUAGCCACCGCUACAAGUCCUUCAAGAUCAGCAUGAUCCACAAGCUCCGCUUCACCACUGACGUACAGCUCGGCAUCUCGGGGGAAAAGGUGGAGAUUGACCCCGUCACCAACCAGAAGACCAGCACCAAGUUCUGGAUCCGACAGAAGCCCAUCUCCAUCGAUUCAGACCACCUCUGUGCCUGUGACCUUGUGGAGGAGAGGAGCCCCAGUCAUGCAAUAUUCAAGCUCACAUACCUCAGCAACCACGACUACAAGCCCCUGUACUUUGAGUCUGAUGCUGCUACUGUCAAUGAGAUUGUGCUUAAGGUGAACUACAUCCUGGAGUCUCGGGCCAGCACGUCGCGGGCGGACUACUUUGCCCAGAAGCAGCGUAAACUGAGCCGGCGCACCAGUUUCAGCUUCCAGAAGGAGAAGAAGUAGAGACCCUGGAGCCACUGUCUGGACCCUGGAGCCACUGUCUGGACCCUGGAGCCACUGUCUGGACCCUGGAGCCACUGUCUGGACCCUGGAGCCACUGUCUGGACCCUGGAGCCACUGUCUGGACCCUGGAGCCACUGUCUGGACCCUGGAGCCACUGUCUGGACCCUGGAGCCACUGUCUGGACCCUGGAGCCACUGUCUGGACCCUGGAGCCACUGUCUGGACCCUGGAGCCACUGUCUGGACCCUGACUGACUUCACUCUCACAGCAGAGGGCCAAGGGAGAGAGGGAUGGAGAGAGAGUGAAGAGUGUCACAGUCAGAGAUAUAAUAAGAGUGAGAGAUGAUGAGAAAUAAAAAGAGAGGGAGAUCAAGGCCGCAGGAAGAUGUUUUUCGUUCUCUGCUCAUACAGUAAAGGCCUAGUUCACUAAUUUUGUGGGAAAAAAUAUAUUUGAUUUAGAUUGAUCAGGGGGCUCUGUAGCACCCUCGACACCCUUACUUCUCGCGGCUAUGAGGGAGAUGCAUCUUGAUCCUAUAUAAUUAAAGAGCUGCCUCCUAAACUCCCAUGUCUUCACAGAAGGGUCUCCACUCGUCAGCCAUAUCAGAGCUAAAGUUCUCUGCCUGCCCUUUGUCCUUUUAGGAAUGCGCAGACAUAGAAAACAAGAAAAGGCGAGACUUGUAAUCCUAUUCUGAAGGAGAUGAAGGAAUGCAACUCACCCCCCUGUUAUUGUCAAUCUCAUGAACUCUGGAUGGAUCAGAGGACCACGGUGUUGCUUCAACACCAGUGUCAAUCAACGAAACCCUGUUCAUCCACUGCCUACAAAUCAAUUCUACAUUUGAGAGUUGAAUGCAUACCGAUGUCUCGAGUGAAAACCGAAGCCAUCAGGACAAUGAAAAUACUAAAUCCCCCGCUUCUGCUCUUCUCUAUGUAUGAAGAUGUAAACUUAAUCAGACUUAUGUUGUACAUUGGUAUGUAAAGGGAACAUCCUUACAUUUUUAUUUGUAUAUAGAUAACGAUUACAUUCAGGGUUAAUUAAAUGAUAUGAUGAAACCUGCUUUGGCCAUAGUACAUUCAGUGCCUGAAACCUUUAAAAUAGUGGCUCACUACCAAUCAAUGCCAGUUCUGCUGAGGUGCUGUGAGGGUUUUUAAAAACACAAGAAAGAUGAGUACGUAAGGAAGGCAUUUCCAUACUUUCGAGUCUGAAAGAAAACUCUCAAAACUACUUCUUGUGAACAAAGGUAGCAAGGGGUUAGGAAGGGGUACGACCUGACGACAGAUUUUUAUGAUUUCAAACAAACAAAAAAUGUAAUUAUUACCUGUACUUUUUACUGUGACCUAUACAAUUAUUUUUUUCUGCAUUGUAUCUAUGGACUGUAAAAUAAUGAAUGAAGCACUGUCUGUUGAACAGAUCAUGUUUGUUCAGACUGUCCCGAUGGGAGGCACAUAGGGAAUGUAGGACUUUUUACAGCAUUUUGUUGAUGUUGUUAAUACAAUGACAUUAUAUAAAUUCUCCUCAUAUGUU